AUGGAAUGUUUAAUUGGGAUACAGUUUAAGGAUUUCGCUUUAGUCGCGGCCGAUAUGACUACAGCUCAAUCCAUUAUGGUUAUGAAAAACGGUAAGAAAUUAAAUUAAAUUCAUUACAGCCUAAAGAACAGUCCCAGAUAAAUUGUUUAUUUUACUGCUUCUUUUUCUAUUAUAAAUAUUGAGAUACCAGAGUUAAUUUGUAAUUUGAUAUAAUAAUGCAUACGUUUCAUUUCAAGCCAUGUACACAAUAAAUGCAAUUCAUUUUAUGUUCAUUGUACUGAUUCUGUUGUUUCAGAUGAACAAAAAAUUCACAAGAUGUCUGAUAAGCUUAUUAUGGCAGUGUCUGGAGAAUCCGGAGAUACCACGCAAUUUUCAGAAUACAUAGGAAAAAACAUCCAACUCUACAAAAUGAGAAACGGUUAUGAAUUGUCCCCGAGAGCAGCUGCUUUGUUUACUAGGAGAAACUUGGCGGAUUACCUCAGAAGUAGAACACCAUAUUUUGUCAAUUUAUUAAUGGCCGGUUACGAUGACAAUACUGGGCCAGAGUUGUAUUUCAUUGAUUAUUUGGCAUCAUGCGUCAAAGUGCCCUAUGCUGCACAUGGUUACGGAGGCUUUUUCUCCCUUUCGAUACUGGACAGAUAUCAUAAACAUGAUUCGACGGAAGAAGAGGCAUACAUAUUAAUGAAAAGAUGUGUCAGAGAAAUACAUAAGAGACUGAUAGUUAAUCUUCCAAAUUUCAAAGUACAAAAGGUAUCGAAGGAAGGUAUAAAAGAAUUGGAACCUAUCACAGCGAAGAAUUUGGCGAUGGAAGAUGUUGAUAAAGCAUAG